GCUUUCGGCGAGGCGAGCGCGGGCCGCGGUGCGGAAAGGGUCGCUGCCCGGUCCCGCCGCGGCCGCCCGCUUCGCCCAGCUGCCUGGUCCGCUCCGGGCGCGCGCCCCCGCGCUCCGCCCGUUCGGGUGCGCGCUCUCGGAAGGGGCGCGCCCCGCGCUCUCCCGACGCCGCCCACUCCCCUCCCCGCGGCCGCUCCUCCCUCCGCCCUGGUAGCCGGCGGCGGCGGCGGCGGCGGCGGCCGGGAGAGGCCCCUCCUUCACGCCCUCCUUCUUUCCCUCGCUCGCAGCCGAGCGAAGCCGGCAGAGCCGGCUGGGGCCCCCGGACCGUGCUCGAGCCAUGGCUGGCAACGUGAAGAAGAGCUCUGGGGCCGGGGGCGGCGGCGGCUCUGGGGGUUCGGGCUCGGGCGGCCUGAUUGGGCUCAUGAAGGACGCCUUCCAGCCGCAUCACCACCACCACCACCUCAGCCCCCACCCGCCGGGCACCGUGGACAAGAAGAUGGUGGAGAAGUGCUGGAAGCUCAUGGACAAGGUGGUGCGGUUGUGUCAGAACCCCAAGCUGGCGCUAAAGAAUAGCCCACCCUAUAUCUUAGAUCUGCUGCCAGAUACCUACCAGCAUCUACGUACUAUCUUGUCAAGAUAUGAAGGGAAGAUGGAGACACUUGGAGAAAAUGAAUAUUUUAGGGUAUUCAUGGAGAAUUUGAUGAAGAAAACUAAGCAGACCAUAAGCCUCUUCAAGGAGGGGAAAGAACGAAUGUAUGAGGAGAAUUCUCAACCUAGGCGAAACCUCACCAAACUGUCGCUGAUCUUCAGUCACAUGCUAGCAGAGCUGAAAGGCAUCUUCCCCAGUGGGCUCUUUCAAGGGGACACGUUCCGGAUCACAAAAGCAGACGCAGCUGAGUUUUGGAGAAAAGCGUUUGGGGAAAAGACCAUAGUUCCUUGGAAGAGUUUUCGACAGGCACUCCAUGAAGUGCAUCCCAUCAGUUCUGGGCUGGAAGCCAUGGCUCUCAAAUCCACCAUUGACUUGACCUGCAAUGAUUACAUUUCAGUGUUUGAGUUUGACAUCUUUACACGACUCUUUCAGCCCUGGUCCUCUCUGCUCAGGAACUGGAACAGCCUUGCUGUAACGCACCCCGGUUACAUGGCCUUUCUAACAUACGAUGAAGUGAAAGCACGACUCCAGAAGUUCAUUCACAAACCUGGCAGUUACAUCUUCCGGCUGAGCUGCACUCGUCUGGGUCAGUGGGCUAUUGGGUAUGUCACUGCCGAUGGGAAUAUUCUGCAGACAAUCCCUCACAAUAAACCUCUCUUUCAAGCGCUGAUUGAUGGCUUCAGGGAAGGCUUCUAUUUAUUUCCUGAUGGACGAAAUCAGAAUCCUGACUUAACAGGCUUGUGUGAGCCAACUCCCCAGGACCACAUCAAAGUCACCCAGGAACAAUACGAAUUAUACUGUGAGAUGGGCUCCACGUUCCAGCUGUGUAAAAUUUGUGCUGAAAAUGAUAAGGAUGUAAAGAUUGAGCCCUGCGGACACCUCAUGUGCACGUCCUGUCUUACAUCCUGGCAGGAAUCUGAAGGUCAGGGUUGUCCUUUCUGCAGAUGUGAAAUCAAAGGUACUGAGCCUAUUGUGGUGGAUCCAUUUGAUCCCAGAGGAAGUGGCAGCCUGUUGAGGCAAGGAGCAGAAGGAGCUCCCUCCCCAAAUUACGAUGAUGAUGAUGAUGAACGAGCUGAUGAUUCCCUCUUCAUGAUGAAGGAGUUGGCUGGUGCCAAGAUGAAGAAACCAAGGCACAGAGAGGUUAAGGAGUUUGCUGAAGAUCACACAGUGGAGCGACCUCCUUCUCCGUUCUCCAUGGCCCCACAGGCUUCCCUUCCCCCGGUGCCACCACGACUUGAUCUUCUGCAUCCGCGAGUAUCUGUUCCUUCAAGUACUUCUGGCCUUGGAACCACUUCGAAGACUGCCUCUGCCUCCCUGCACAAGGACAAACCACUGCCAAUACCUCCCACGCUUCGAGAUCUUCCACCACCACCGCCUCCAGACCGGCCAUACUCAGGGGCAGCAGAAACCCGGCCUCAGAGACGCCCCCUGCCCUGUACCCCCAGUGAUUGUCCAUCCAGGGACAAAUUGCCCCCUGUCCCCUCUAGCCGCCCUGGGGACUCUUGGCUGUCCCGGCCAAUUCCCAAAGUACCAGUGGCUGCCCCAAGCCCCAGUGACCCCUGGACAGGCAGAGAAUUAACUAACCGGCACUCACUCCCAUUUUCAUUGCCCUCACAAAUGGAGCCCAGGGCAGAUGUUUCCAGGCUUGGAAGCACAUUCAGUCUGGAUGUUUCCAUGAAUGUGAAUAGCAGCCCCCUGGCAGGUCCAGAGUGUGAGCACCCCAAAAUCAAACCGUCUUCGUCUGCCAAUGCCAUUUAUUCUCUGGCUGCCAGACCUCUUCCUGUGCCCAAACGGCCACCUGGAGAACAGUGUGAGAGUGAGGAGGAUGCGGAGUAUAUGACUCCCUCCUCCAGGCCGGUAGGCCUUCCGAAGCCAGAGCCGAAACGCACUUUGGAGGCAGCCCAGAGUUCACGGACCUGCGAUGGUGACCAGCAGAUUGAUAGCUGCACAUAUGAAGCAAUGUAUAAUAUUCAAUCCCAAGUGCCAUCUGUCGCUGAGAACAGCACACUGAGUGAAGGGCCCUUGGCGGCAGCCCCUGCCAACCCUGGGGCUGAGGAAUCAGAAAAUGAGGACGACGGGUACGACGUCCCCAAGCCACCUGUGCCAGCAGUACUGGCCCGCCGCACCCUCUCAGACAUCUCCAACGCCAGCUCCUCCUUUGGCUGGUUAUCUCUGGAUGGUGACACCACAACAAACUUCACUGAGGGUUCCCAGGUUCCAGAGCGGCCUCCUAAACCAUUCCCCCGGAGAAUCAACUCGGAACGGAAAGCAGGCAGCUGUCAGCAGGCUGGUGGAGCCAUAGCCACUGCCGCCUCAGCCACCGCCUCACCUCAGCUCUCCAGUGAGAUCGAGAACCUUAUGAGCCAGGGCUACUCCUACCAGGACAUUCAGAAAGCCUUGGUCAUUGCCCACAACAAUAUUGAAAUGGCCAAAAAUAUCCUCCGGGAGUUUGUGUCCAUCUCCUCCCCUGCCCACGUGGCCACCUAGCACAUAGCUCCACCACGUGCUGCAGCUCUGGUGGGCGCAUGACUGGGCGCUCCUCACUGAGGGGUGCCUGGAAGGGCAGAGGCUCUUCUGGAGACUUCCCUGUGAGGUCUUGCCUGCAGUGGGAUAUCCUGUCUGUGGUUCCAGGAUUUCAACGCCGUGGCGUGGUUAGUGUGUCCGAGAAUGCAUUUGAAGGUAUCCUUCAGCCCCUCUCAGAGGGAGAGUGGAUUUUCAUUCUUGUGGCAGCCUACCUGGGGAAUUGUCCGGAAAGCAGAACCAGUAUGUGCUGUAAAGCCUAACUGAGGACUGAAGACUUUCUUGGGUUAAGGAUGUGGCUGAGUGUCUGUUGUCUGUCUGUCUGUCUCUUAUUGUCUGUGGUUUGUGUAUGUCCUGUGAUUAUGACUAAUCUGCUGUGUGUGUUAAUCCCAAGUGAGGAAUUAGCACAAAUUAGGAAGAAAUCUGUUAAAGACUUCCAUCUACUGUGGUAUUAAACCCAACCCUAGUGUGUGUUACAGCUUCAACACUCCCCUUUGGCUUAGAUGGUCAUGUGCAUAGCUAAAGUCUCAUAUUUUUAGAACACCCUCCCUCUGCCCUUUCCCCUAACAGCUCCUUCCUCUUCUUACUCCACUUCUUCCUCCUCCUCCUUCUUGGUGUUCUGUCACCGGCAGCAGGCUUGCUGUGACCAGCCUUACUGAAGCCAGGCAGCUCAUGGGGUGUUGUUGAUUGCAUGUGGUGGUGUCAGUUUGUUUGGUAGCUUGGCAGGGGAUGUAUUAUUGCUGUGUCGUUAGUGUUUGAUGCUAGCAGCUCAUACUGGUCACUCCAAAGAGCCCUUCCAUGGGAACGUUGGGUCUGUUCAGAUAUGUGUUCAUGAUCCUAAUGACAUAAUGACUGAUUUGAGUCAGAGGCCUUCACAUACAUUCCAUGUGCUCCCCAGAAGCCAUCUGAGGGAAUCCGUUGCCUUGGUGCCAGGUGUGUAUUCUGGUGUAGGUUUUGAGUCUUUCUACUUCACGGGAAGGGGAAACCGUCUCCAGGAUGCCAGAUGUCACGAAGCUUUUAAGAAGCUUUAUUCACAUGCUGUUUAAAUGCACAAACUAGACAAGAAGAGUAUACCUAUCCAGUUUUUCCUCCCAGUGAAUUCAUUUAAGCUUAUUUGAUUGUCCUUUUCAGCAUGAGUCAGGUUUCAGAAGUGGGUUAUUCGCCUUUUAGAAAAGAAGCACCUAUGCCCACUGCAGCACAGUGCUGUGCCCUGUGUUAGCCCUUCCACACCGCAGCCUCCUGCCUGUUUGGUUUCCUGUUGUGCCUGUGUCCCCAGGGCUGUAGCAUGUCACCUCCGUCUCUCCCCUGCAGGCUCUUUGUGAAGACUGGGCUGGGCAUAGUGUGGAGCCAGCAUUCAGCAAAACAUGAUACCAUAGUCACAGACUGGGUGGGUGAGGCUGGCAGGCCGGGUGGCUGUAGCUUCACAGGAAAGACUCGAUUCCAGUAAGAAGACGGGUCCUGUUCUUUUCAGCAGUGCUGAGUGGUCCCUCAAUUGCCAUCCAUCUUCUCUCCUGGUUCUUUGCUGCCAUCCCUUGCUGUAGGUGACCUGCUAACAAAAGGCAGCCUGCCCUUCAACAGGUUGGCCUUCCUUGGGGUUUUUCAGUCCCCAUAGAAACGAGCCUUUGGAGCAUAGCUGUGUCUCCAGUGAUCGAUCGGCUCAUGGCUUGAGCCCCUCCUAACUGUUCUCCUGGUGUUCAGCUGCUCUCUGUCUUUCGGUUUUAUCAUCUGGCCUCACAGCUGCCUGUAUUCUGGAGUGGCCCAUACAAGAAUUCAUAUAGGUUUGUCAUUUGCCAUUGUUACCCAGUGCCUCCUCUGUACAGCAGAAGGCACUGUGGCCUGCCAGCCAGGCAUCCUGAAGCUGGACGGCAGGGGAAAGAUGCCAAUCAAGAAAGGAGCAGAGUGCUGGGUCAGCCCCAUAGUUGCUGUCCUAACAGGAUACCUGGGCUUAGUGAUGUUCCAGGGCAUGGCACCAGCAUGGACUGAGCUCUGGUGAGCCCUUGUGGCAGGUGGUGGUGUGGUGUCAGGAGAGUGGCAUGGGAGAAAAGAGGUCAGAAAGUACAGAGAGAAGCCAGGCUUGCCUUGCUAUGGUGCCCUGUUCAUGAGGGCAAGCACAGCCACCUGAGAAGGCCCUUUCCUGACACCGCCACCUGCACUCAGUCACACUGGGGACUGUGGGAGCCUGAGCUUCUACUUCCAGACAUCCACAUAUCUACUUCCAGACAUCGUGGCAGUGGCCAAGAAGAGACAAGGUGCAGUCGUCUGUUUGGUUUUUCCAGUUAAAGGCCUGGACAGCCAGUCAGAAAAAAAAAAAAAAAGGACAGCCACUUCCAGAUCUGGCCACACUGCACCUUUUCCUUCUGAGUAGACUUUGCCCACAGGCUGAAGAUUCUGUAAAGCAAGAUUCCUAGAUGUCAAAUGCUGCCUGUUGGGGUGUACCCACAUCUUGUACCAAGUGUUGUCUGUAGGCUGCAGACUGAGAGCAGUUUGACCUUUUUCCUUUGCACCCCCUGAGCCAGCCCUGAGCCAGGCCCCAGGGGCCUGGGUGGCACCUAAGCACCUCUGAUGAGUAGUGGCAUGUCUGCAGCCAUCCAGAGGUUAGAACCAUUUUCUGUGGGGCUUCUCAGGCCUUAGGCAGGAUAUGCCUGAGAUGUGAAAGCAGCCCAAAGAAGUUCCACGUGGCUCUUGUGUUUAGAGUGGCCUCUGAGCUUGACCUUUUUCUGUGAUCCUUUGGCUAAGCACCAGGAGCCGUCUCUUCAGCCCCCACUUGUAAGGAGAUCAUCAGUUCUUUGGCUCUGUUCUCAACACCGGCCUUGUCUCCCCUGCUUGCCCCUGCCCGCUCUCAGAUUCACUUGGCUCUUGCACCCGACCUGUUUUCUACUCUGCCUGUGACUUCCUGGAUUCUUCCACAGUGCCCCUAGUUUCUGCUGUGUUCAGCAGCUCAGGACUUAACCCUUCCUGCUGCCCUCGUCCUCUUUUCCUGAAGUGGGGGGACCUGCCGGCCCAGAUGUGCCUCCCAUCAGUGACACAGUAAAACCCCGCAGCAUUUGUCAGUGUUCACUCACGUUGAUCUUGUUCUUACACUGCCACCCUAGCCCCACUCUGUCUUUGGUCAUUUUCUCUCCUCCUUGCACGUAGGCCCAGGCUGCCCAAGACCAGUGGGUGUAUGAGUGUAUUUUAGCUGUCAUGGACCAAGUGUUUUUGAGUGGGGAUUGCCAGUCUUCUACCUAAAGUAAUGACUUCCCCUAAAGGAGAGUAAAAUAUGCUUUAUGGUUACAGUCGACUUCCUUGCCAGCUGAGGGCCAGCUCUAGGUUCCCUCUACAGCACCGUUACCAAGAUCUUCUGUAGAGGUGGCAUUGACGCAGUUUUCCAGCUAUCUCCCAGCGUGGAAGGCAGUAGAUUCCAGCCUGCUAUCCAGGUUGGAAGUCUGUAGCAGUAGGUUUGCUCAUUCAGCAGAAGGCUCCAGGAAUACCAGCUCUGUGCCCUUGUCUGCUGCCUUGGGCUGGUUGGCUGGUACUGGGGGAUUGUCCGUGGGCUAUCCUGCACCUGGCUUUGGUCCUGAAAUAAUAGCAUGCAUUUAAUAGUCACAGCUUUGACAUGGGCUCACCUGUCCAGACACAGCUGUCCUGGGUGAGACCAGGACUGUCCUUUUGACCAUUUUUGUCUUUCAGUGGAUUCCCCAUGGUGGC